AUGGAUGGAAUGAAUAUCGAUGAGUCCGUCGUGUUCGCUUCGCAACCUCGCCACACAGCCCCUCCUCUUCCAAUUAGCGUAAUCGACCCUAGAAUCUAUGGGGGAACCGUCUCAGAGCCGACGGCUCCUAUGGAUGAAGGCCAAGACGACGAAGUGGCGAGCAACCUCUCGAUCGACUCAGAUGCCCGCGAGCUACGUGCUGAAGUCGAGCGUUUCGACGCGCAGCAAGAAGCCUUUGUCGCCCGUCAGCGUGCCGAAGCUGCUGGUAUUCCAUAUCAGCCACCUACUCCUAAAAAGGCUGGGGCAGCUGCUCGAAAGAAAAGAAGAACGGGGCCCAGGAAACCAGCCAAACUUCCUCCGGAGAUUCAAUUUCGCAUGUCUUUGGCCAACGAGGCCUUCCAGCAAGGGGAUUACGAAGGCACAAUUGCCCAGUUGAGCGAGAUCAUUCGGAUCAACAGCGAGGUCUUCAAUGCGUGGAUGUUGCUGUCGACAGUGCAUGAACAGCUUGGGAAUCGGGAACAGGCCAUCUGGUGUCGCAUCUCUGCUGCUCAUUUGACUCCUCGCGAUGUGCAGCAAUGGAUCAGCACGGCUGAAUACGCGCUAGAAUCCAUAGACGAGUUGGAAGAUGGCACUCCUGAGAAGGACGAGGUACUCCAGCGGGCGUACGCAUGCUAUACUCAAGCACUGGAGACAGAUCGGUCCAAUAUUGUCGCCCGUACUGGCCGCGCGGAUGUUAUUAUGAUGAUGGGUAAUGCCAGUAAAGCAUUGAUUGAGUACCAAAAGGCCUUGAACUACAAACCAUGGAAUAUUCGCACGGUCCGCAACAUUGCCGAUGUCGCCCUUGACGUCAAGGACCCCCGAAAAAGCGCAGAGGUUGCGAAGGGCGCUUAUCGAAGGUUAAUCGAUCACUUGAAAGCCAUCGGGACGUAUGAAGCCGAAGAAGGUCGCUUCGAGUGGUCCGACUUGCGCAUCUACCUCGAGUUUUUCAACAUCCUUGAGCAAUGGCAGGAGGCGGCAAGGGAGCUCAAAGAGAUUGCUCGUUGGCUGCUUGGUCGUCAAGCUGAGACGUUCUGGGAACAGUUCGUUGAUGACGACAGGGAGUUUGACGUUCACGACGACAGACGCAUCCACGUGCCUGAGUUUGUUCCGACUCAAUACCCCCAGGAGGCCUAUGGCAUGGGACUACCAACCGACCUGCGCGCGAAGCUGUAUGUCUACCGCUGUAAGCUGGGCCUUGAGUACGAGGCGGAUUUGCAUCUCCAGUUGCUGGACCCAACAAGGCAAGAGGACUUCAUGGCAUUCCCUGACUGCCUCAAGGACAUUGCUACUGCGUUACUGGAUGCUGGUAGAGCGUCAGAGGCGGUUAGGUACCUGGACCUCUACAAGAGUAUUUCUACCACUAUCAAUGGACCAGAAAAUUCCUUGGAUGCCGACUUUCUCGUCUGUCAGGGCCGCUGCCACAUGGCAUUCGGGGACAAGGCAGCGGCUGAAGAAUGCUUCAUUGCUGCGAUCGAGGAAGAUGAAGACCACAUUGAGGCUCGUGUGCAGCUAGCCAACAUGUAUGAGGGAGAAGAGCAAGAGGGCCGUGAAGAAGCCUUCCUCCUUGUCAGAGAGGCCAUCAACCUGGAAGCAAAACGAGGAGAUCCUGGAGCUCGCAGACGACGUAAUCCGUACAGUUCAAGGAAACCCGGAACUGGGCCCAGAAGACCAAGAAAACCACGAGACCCUAAUCGCAAGUCCAAGUACGUGCCGCGGCGUCUUAUCAAUGCUGAGAAGCGGCGUGAACAGGAUGCGAAGAUGGCAGCCGAAGCGGCCAAGAAUUUCCAGAUUCUACGGGAGCUACAGGACAGAGCGAUUGCAGGCGACGAAGAGGCCAAGGCGGGCUGGAUGCGCGCGGCCAAGGAACUGGUUGACGACUUCCGCUCGCACAAGCAGUUCUACCCCUGGGAGAAGUACAUCCGUUACUUGGGAUACAAUACAGUUGUACAUGGUCAAGCAGCAGUGCCGAUGCGGAACAUGAAGUUGGCGGCCAUGGAGGAGCGUCUGCGUCAGGGACUUGCGCCUCCUGAAGGCCAGGAGGGACAGCCAACCAGGGUGCCGGUCCGGUUCCCCCCGGAGCAUCGGGGCGUCUCGUUCGACGUUUGGCUGGACGUCUUCCUCAACUAUGCCUUUGCACUGGUGCGGUCAGGUCAUCAUCGAGAUGCGUAUGUGGUCUGCCAUGCAGCGCGCGACUCGAUUGUGUGGACGUCGACGGAGUCGACUUUCUUGAUUCACGUUGCGUGGGCAUCGUGCGCUGUGUACGCCGGCGACGAAGAAACCUGUGUUGCCAUCGCAAGAUACUUCAUGCGUGACUACAUGCCAGGAACAGACUCAUAUCGCAUGUUCUCAGCUAUGUGUCGGGUCUGCCAAACUCCGGUAUCAUGGUACACUUCGGGCCCGGCACAAAAGUUCAUCCUGCGGCAGAUCAAAACUAUGGACAGCAUCGUCAUGAAGAAGCAAGAAGAGAAUGAUGCCGCCAAAGACAUAUCACUUGACGUUGCCCUCCUCACCAUCUACGGCCACAUUCUCUUCACCACGACCUCCUACACAUACGCACUGUCCUACUUCGCUCGCGCGGCUUCUCUCGACCCGCACAACUGCCUCAUCAAUCUCAGCACCGGCCUAGCCUACGUACACUACGCCCUCAAGCGUCAGGCCACCAAUCGGCAAUACCUCCUAACUCAAGGCUUCGCCUUUCUCUUCCGGUACUACCGCGACCGGUUGCGUGACGGCAAGGCCACGGUCGCCGAGCGACAGGAGGCACACUUCAACAUCGCGCGAGCAUACUCGUUGAUUGGGUUGGCUAACCUUGCUGUACAGUACUAUCGAAAGGUGUUGGAAGAGGAGGAUGCAGCAGGGAAGAAUGGGGAAGGGGGAGGGGCAAUGGGGAACGAGGAUCUCAAGGUUGAAGCGGCGUACAAUGUGAGGAGUUUGUGUUACUUGCUGGGUGAUGUGGAGGGAGCAAGGAGAGUUACGAGGGAUUGGUUGGUUCUGGAGUGA